AUGCGAGAGUUGAUUACAGUCUCCGUCGGUAAGUCCACCCACUGCACGCGCGCUCGGGCUCUCCUUUCGACAAGCGCCUAGUACGUCACCCCACGUCACGCCGCUGACCACCUACCCGUGCACGCUCUACUCCAGGUCAAGCAGGCUGUCAGGUAUCCGAAGCGUUCUGGGACCGAAUACUCCGCGAGCAUGGGCUUGAUGAGAACGGGGUGAGCGCCUCGUGCUCGCAGUACUCGCAGUUUUGACGCUGCCCGCAGCCGGCGGUCACCGGUCAGGCCUGGACGCUGGGGAGCUGAUGCGCUGACGACCGAACACGGCGACCACUACGCUAUCACCAGAUGAUCGUUGCGGGCACAGAAGACAUGCAGCGUGGCAGAACAGAUGUCUUCUUCUCCGAGGCCAGUAAGACGUUCCCACCUCCGUUCCUGACUCUGCGUCUCCGAGAUUGAUGGCUUUCUUCGUCUGGCUGCUUCACAGCGGAUCGGAAAUACGUGCCGAGGUCGCUCAUCAUCGAUCUCGAGCCCGGAACGUCGGACGUGAUCAAGGGAGGACCAGUGAGUAGGAUCGUCGUCCGAUGUCCAAGCAGUACUUGCACUGAUCGGGGAUGGUGUCCAACUUUCACAGCUCGGGAAUCUGUUUGGCCCGUGAGUGCAUUUCGACGAGGCGAGGCGAGGUGAGGUAUGACGUCCGGGACUCUGAUCUUUCAAAUCGGAUACGUCCCGGAACAGGAAAUCCUACAUCAAUGGUUUGGCGGGUGCCGGUAACAACUUUGCCAAAGGCUUCUACACCGAAGGAGCCGAGUUGGUCGAUCAAAUCACCGACGAGCUGCGUCGACAAGCCGAGACCACCGAUCUGCUUCAAGGUUUCCAGUUGGUGCACUCGAUCGGGGGUGGUUCGGGUUCGGGCUUGGGCUGUCUGAUCGCCUCCAAGAUGAGGGAGGAAUACCCCGAUCGCAUCCUGGCGACCUACUCGGUCCUGCCCUCACCCAAGGUAUCUGAAACGGUCGUCGAGCCCUACAACGCCGUGCUCGCUUUCCACCAACUCGUCGAGCAUGCGGACCUUACCUUCGCGCUCGACAACGAAGCUUUGUACGAGAUCAUGCAAAAAGUUCUGCGCAAGACCGACCCGGGCUACGCGGAUCUGAACUCGUUGAUCGGCAAAGUCAUGAGUGGAUUGACGACCCCUUUCCGAUUCCCGGGUCAAUUGAACGCCGAUCUGCGCAAAUUGGCAACCAACAUGGUCCCCUUCCCUCGACUCCACUUCAUGUUGACCGGAUUCGCUCCCAUCACUUCUGUGGGCGCGCAGGCGUAUCGCAAGUGGAGCGUCGCCGAACUGACGCAGCAAUUGUUCGCGCCGACGAACAUGAUGGCCGCGACGGACCCGAGGGGUGGUAGGUACUUGACCGCGGCGUGCUACUUCCGUGGUCGUAGUGUCUCGUCUCGCGAUGUGGAUGAUGCGAUGCUCGCCGUCCAACAGCGCAACUCGGAUUUCUUCGUCGGUCAGUUCGAGACCACUAUCUUCGAACGAGUCCUCGCCUUGAUACAGCCACUCGCUUUCGCUCCGUCUAAUCCAACUGGCUCAUAUUCACCACAGAAUGGAUCCCCAACGCCGUCAUGACCGCCCUAUGCUCUGUACCUCCUCCCGAGCAGUACCCAAUGUCCGGUACCUUUAUCGGCAACUCGACGGCGAUCCAAGACCUGUUCCGCCGUACGCAUGACCUGUUCGCGUCCAUGUUCAAACGUCGCGCGUUCUUGCAUUGGUACACUGGCGAAGGGAUGGAAGAGUUGGAGUUUUCAGAGGCGGAAUCCAGUAAGUCUGUCCCCUGAGUAGUACGAGGGAUAGGGCCAGGCUCAGGGCGUUCGAUGCAAGAAGUUGAUUCGUCUGGGAGUCUUUGCAGAUAUGAUCGACCUCAUUGGCGAGUAUCAACAAUACCAAGAAGCCGAUGUUGAUGAGGAGGAAGGAGCCUACGAAGAGGAAGAGGAGUGA